GUUUCCGACUUUGCAAAGCAUGGGAAACUUAUUUUCUUAUGUUCUCAAUCGUCUUCUCGGCAAGGAAGAUGUCAGAAUUCUAAUGGUCGGUCUGGAUAAUGCAGGAAAGACGACUAUUUUGUAUCGAUUGAAACUUGAAGAAGUAGUGUCGACAGUUCCCACUCUUGGAUUUAACGUGGAAACCGUUACCUACAAGAACAUAUCCUUCACAGUCUGGGACAUCGGUGGACAAGACAAGAUAAGAAGUCUUUGGAGAGUUUACUUUCAGGGUACGCAAGGCCUAAUAUUUGUUGUAGAUAGCGCCGACACGGAACGAAUCGAAGAAACGAAAACAGAAUUGCACAAGCUAAUGGGCGAAGAACAGCUAGCCAAUGUAGUGCUUCUUGUGUUUGCCAACAAACAGGACAUGCCAGAUGCCAUGAGCACUUCAGAGAUUCGCGAAAAGCUUGGUUUAGUAAACAUGCGAGAAAGGCCGUGGUUUGUGCAGUCCUCUUGCGCUGUAAAAGGUGAAGGUUUAUACGAAGGUUUGGACUGGAUGGCAUCUCAGAUUAGAGCCAGGAAAUCCUGGGUUUGAACUGAGCAUAACAAGAUUCUGCAGACAAAGUAACAGAUGGAAAUAUAUAUAUAUGUGGUUCUUAUUUAUGUGGACAGGAAAGGUACCAAACAACAAGCUGUUGAGGAUGGAAGUAAUUAAGCUUAUUACUAUAAAUGAAAAUAGUUGAACGAAGAAAUUAACACUGAUCAGGUAAUAAUAAACUAAUAUGUACUUGUCUCUGAAACAAUGGAACACAUUUUUUAACGACUCAGGAAAAACGGCACUUCAUCUAAGGUAACAGCCUCUUUGUAAAGUUGUCUUCAAAUUUAAGCAUUGUCUUCUUUGGUCAGAAAAUAUUUUGGUUCAUAAUAUCCUUUAAAAAUGUGGCUUUUGGGAGCCCUAUCCCUCCCCUGGGUGGGUAUGGAUAUUUUCUGACCCCACACAUUUGUAAAGACUCAGGUUAGAUUCAACAUUUUAAAAAUUUGAUCAUAUGAUGAUCAUGCAGAGACUGGUUGUGCAGUUAUUAUUGUUUUACUUGAAGUUGAGUUAGGACAUAUCAUUACAUUUUUUGGCUUUAUUUCAUGAAAGAGAAAGAAGAUAGGUGCUUCCUGUUUACACAGCCUAAUGAAAAUGCCAUGCACAAGCGGCACGAAACUAUAAAAACCAGCAAUUAUGCAACAAGCUAGAUAAACUGGGUGUAUAUAUCUGUAGUAAAAGAAACUAUAGUUUAACUCUAAUUCUAUAAUCAUAUCGAUCUAUUUGGACUUGUAGACUUGACUGGUGUUUCUAACAAUUUAUUUAUUUAUUUUUAUCAUUUUUUUUUUCACUGCAUUGGCAAUAAAAAAAAGGAUGUGCCAGGAGCAGCCUGGUAUUGCCAGA